AUGGAGAGCAUAGACUUGAAGAUUCAGUUGAUGAAGAACGAUUACAAUAGUCAAACCGUUACGAGGACAGAGAUGGAGGAAUUGUACGAGAAGCACGAAAUUGAAAUGAGAGAUUGGGUCAAGUUCACUACGGAUCGCGAAAUAGAAAGACUAUAUCGUCUGAAGAUGAACACAGCUGCAAUUGCAGUACAAGCUUGGUGGCGUGGUCUUCUCGUAAGACUUGAACUUGGACCUUAUAAACAAUCGAAGAAGAAAGGCAAAAAGAAAAAAUAA